UGGACUCGGCGAUUUUUUCAAGAAAAAAUGUUUCAUAAUCAGCAUUUUAACAUGAUCAGAGGCGUAGUUCUGUUUGUGAGCAUCAUCCUGGCUCUUAGGAUGGGUAGAAGUGCUGACAGAAAGCAUUCUGGGAAAUACAACUUGGGAAAGAAGUCGCCUAUUUUUAACGAUGGAGCGCGGCAAAACGUGAUAAAAAAGCAAUCAACUCCAAACUAUCUGACAGGGUCAGAUGGCGUACCUGCUGGAAUGACCAACGUGAAGCAACCUGGAGGUUCCUUAACUGCUGCGGUUGGAGAUGGGAAAAAGGAUGACACAUCUGUCAUAAAGGCCAUCAUUAAACACGUAGAAGGUUCCACAAACAACAAGGUUUUCUUUCCUCGUGGUGAGUAUCUGGUCAGUGGUGAUAUUGCUAUAAGUGGCUCAGUGGAACUGCAUGGAACCCAGAGCGGUGUUGCUGUUAUCAAGGCGUCGACUCCAUAUGCCAUACGAAUACACAAUGCUUCACCAGUAAGGAGUAUUUUGUUGAUAUAUCUGUAUUUUGACGGAAUUCGUGUAGUAUUUGAGGGUGACAACCAAGGGCCAUCAUCUACAAGUAAUAUUACAAUAGAGAGCUGUGUAUUCUUUUCAUCGGCAAGUGCAUCUCAAAGCAACGGACGGAAGCGACAAUUCGAAAUGAUAGAGCUUGAAAACAGUGGUGUUUACAAAAACGUCUUUUUACGUGAUUCAGGUGCAUAUGGAGUUGCUUCUAGCUUUAGAAGUACUGUGAACGUUUCGGUAAUUGGCAACGUAUGUGGCCUCGAGUUAAGUAAAUUAGACUGGUUGUCUUCCAAAGUUGAGCCAGUAUCCCAUUGGCGAGACCAAAAAGAGAAAUUAGAGUUCCUUAGGACUCGUUACAAUCUUAAAUCUGACCAAGGCUACUUUAACAGUUGUCUUUAUGACCAGUGCGACAAGAGAAUGAAAAUAGAGGAAAAUAUAUUCAACGGAAGUCCCAAUACCGCCCGACACAGAGACCACGCCAUGUAUCUUAAAGGCUUUGAUAGCAUGAACGUGACAGGUAACUACGUCAGAGGUUGGCCUGCGGAUGCAUCAGGUGGGAUCAAAGCGCGAAAUGGGAAAAACCUUUGGCUUGCUCGUAAUUACGUCGAUGACACAGGAAUUCUGUUGUAUUCGCAUGAAAAUAAAAAAAACAAGACCUGUCUUCACAAUGGUCUCAAGAAUGUAGUAAUCUACGGAAAUCACUUCGUACAGCGAACAAGACCAGGCAGACGAGACAGCAGUUUAAGCUACUAUGAGCCCCACUUUGUUGGAGAUGAUGAGAAUAUCAAGUACUCUGCAAACGUAUUUCAAAUCCUUGGUUCUAGUUGCCCUACUCAGUUCACAUGCAUUUGGCUGACCAAUGGCAAUGCGUCUCAACAUCACGUGUACAGAGACAACGUGUAUUAUGGGACUCCGACGCCCGUGAAGCUUCAAGUACGCAGAGGCACUCCAUCAUACGAGGAAAAUGAUAUCGACCAGGAAAUAAAAAAUCUGUAUAACUAUUCAGCAUACAAACUGGACAUUCCACCUUACUAAACUAUGUACUUGCAUGCAAUAUCGGAAAAGCUGUAAAAAUUAACCCAUCACUAUACGCAUUGCCUACGGCGCAAGAGACUUUUUUACUGCCUGCAGGUAUAAAUUACAAAGUCGUCGUCGUUGCCAUAACUUUGUCUCAUUUAUCAUUUGAUGGCGUGUUAUUUAUAUAAGUUUUUUUGCGCGAAAAAUGGCUUCGCAGAAAAUUGAUCCCGUAGGGCUUGGUAUGGUACAUUAAGGAUCAACUGCCAACACUACCUACAAAUAAAAAUUCUCACAUGUCACUGAUAUCUC